UGGGCAUAGCCACUGCCAUUCCUGGGACAAUGACUAGCCACCAUCAUAUUGUUACCUCUGCCACUGGUCAUGCUGGUGCUGCUGCUGGCACUGUCAUCGUCGUCGACACGACAACACACCUGAUCGUCACUCUUGUCAUAUUGGUAUCCCUUGCUCUCCUGCAAUUGGUGCAGUUGAUACAGUUCUGGGCAUCAAAUUGGGCGACAGUCACCGUUGCCUGCGAGUACGUUAGGAAACGGAAGGAGCAGAAAUGGAAGCAACUUACAGGAGAUGGGCCAAGUCCACAUAGCCGCGAGCAAAUCAGGUACAACUUUAAAAAGAAUCAAAUAAGCCUGUGGAUGAGAUUGAAACUGUUUCUAGUUACCAGGAUGAAUUGGUCUGACAAGUACCUUUGGCAAGGUAAGCUCGGGCAGUACUCAGCAGUUGAUGUAGCGAGCAGGUGGAGCAUAGAACGCACCAGCAAGACAUGGUUACUGAUGCUACUAUGUUGCUGUGAGUGUCUUUGCUGGAUAUGUGAACACUUGCCUGGGAUGCAUGGGUCGCAGUACAUUGGACAGGUGCUCCGGGAACUGUGGGUGUGCGACACCAACGCAGGAGCCGCCGUUAGAUUGCACGAUGAUGUGAAGGCAUCCAUUGCUGAUUUCCUGGGUCAGAUCAGGAGCAGAAGUGUAGGGGAGGAUUGGUCAUCCUUGAGAAGGAUAGGGAAGGAUUGGUCAUCCUUGUUUACUGACAAUGGGCUAGACGCAUCCUACCUUCCCUAUAACAUCGCACCUUCCUCGUGGAACCGUGCCAGGAAGUUCACGCACCGUGUCAUGAUGUGGCACAUUGCGACAAGCUACUGUGAACUAGCAGAGCGGCAGGAUGGAAGUGCUGGCGGCGGCAGCGGCGGAGAGAGCAAUGCCAGCAGAGAGAAGGAUCGGCGCGUGGCCAUUGCUCUGUCUAAGUACUGCGCCUACUUGGUGGUGUCGGCGCCGGAGUUGCUCCUCGGGCCAUCCAAGGAAACAAAGCACGCGUUCGAUGAUGCUGCGUCUUGGACAAGAAAAGCAAUGAGCGAGAAGAAGCAGCUCAAUAAACUGGAGGCGAUGCGUGCAACAGGAGUACCGCCCAGCGAAUACGACGCCUUUCAGAUGGGCGUGUACUUGGGGAAGCGACUUCGCAACGAGACGCCGCCGGCGCUGCCCGAGGGGCGGGAGAGCGCACGGCGGCCCUACUCCGCCGACCCCUGGAAGGUGCUGGCGCUCCUGUGGGUGCAGACGCUGCUCUACGUCGCGCCGUACGGCGACGUGCAGAGCCACAUGCAGCGGCUCUCGCAGGGCGGCGAGUUCAUCACCCACCUCUGGGCUCUGCUCUACCACAUCGGUAUCGACACCUGGGAGGUAGCUGCAACAGAGACGAGUGAAGCACACGCCCAAGGAGAGACGAGUGAAGCACACACCCAAGGGGCGACGACGGGGGAAGAAGUUGAAGAGAUUCUCAUUGAUUGAUUGAUUGAUUAAUUUGAGCGGUGGAUUCAAGUCCACAGAGCAGGAUUAUUGUGUUUCUUCUUGGAGCCUGCAUGGAGGCCUCAUUGUCGACAGAGCCGAGGAGAGAGGGUAUGGUGCUAGCUGCAGAGAAGACGGGUUUGAGGUGGAUGGGCGAGCAUCAUCAGUUCAUCACCGUGGAGUGUGUUGGUAGACAGGCAAGCACCAACUAGUGCCUAUCAAGUAGCAAAUGUUACCUUUUUCUAACAAUUCCUGCAAUUGUCGAUUCGUUUAUGCA